UCACACUGGCGAAAUAGUACCAAGCGUGAAAAGUUAUUUUUUUGUUGUUGUUUUGUUACCGUCGCGUCGAGUCGGCUCGCGUCCGUGUGAUUUGUGAUUUUACAACAGAAUAAGCAUUUAACCCCCGCGAGGUGCCAACAAUGUUUACAACCCCUUGAAUAAAAUAAAAAAAUUCUCAAAUCAAACCAACAAAAAGCGGAAGAAUAAGUGCUACAAGAAAAUAAUAAAAUUAAAAAUCGAAAAAGUGCUAAUUAAUAACCGAGAAAGAGAUAUAAGAAAAUCUAUAAAGCCACACGAUAAACCAUAAGUUAAUCAAGGAAAAUGGGAAAGCUGCUGAGCCUGCUGUCACGCGACGACUCCAAUUGUUGCGCGGCCAAAUCCUACGAUGUCUUCCUGGACUUUGAGAAUGCCGCGCCCACGGAAACGGAGCGGGAGAUCUACGACGAGGUGGAGCGCGUUCUCCGUGAAUCGGAGGUGGUGCUGGAGGAGAUACAGAUCUAUCGGGGUGCCGGCAAGGAAAUCCGAGAAGCAAUCGCCGAUCCCUCGCCUGAGGUUACAGGGAAGGCCUGGGCGGCGGUCCUGCCGCUGGUCAACAAACUGAAGCGCUGCUACGAGCACUCCAUGGAGCUGGACAAGAUCGUGCCGAAGCUGCUGGGCCAGCUGGUGGGCGGCAAGCUGAAUCCGACACAGCACCUGGAGACGCAGCAGGCGCUGGUCAAGCAGCUGGCCGAGAUCUUGGAGUUUGUGCUGAAGUUCGAUGAGUACAAGAUGAAAACCCCCGCCAUACAGAAUGACUUUAGCUACUACAGACGCAUCGUCAGCCGGCAGCGUGUGGACUCCACGGAGAACAUGCUGGUCAGCACGGAAUUGGCCAACCGAAUGUCCCUCUUCUAUGCCCAUGCCACGCCCAUGCUCAAGGUGCUCAGCGAGGCCACCUCGAAGUUUGUCAACGAUAAUGCGGACGAUGUCCAGAAUACGACGGAAACGUUAGGAACCAUGGCCAAAGUCUGCCUUCGAAUGCUGGAGAAUCCAAAACUCCUUCAACAAAUCGAGCGGGAGGAUACGAAAAUGUUAGUGCUACGCGUUAUGGUCGGCCUGGUGAUUCUCUACGACCAUGUCCAUCCCGAGGGAGCGUUCGUGCGAGGAGCCCAUGUGGAUGUGAAGGGAUGUGUGCGCCUGCUGCAGGCGCAACCGGCCAUCAAGGCGGAGCCGCUGCUCAAUGCCCUGCGAUAUACGACGAAGCACCUGAACGGGGAGAACACGCCGAAGAAUAUACAACGCCUGCUGGCCGCAUAGGAGCGGAGGGAGUGGAGUGACGAGGAGGAGGUCCUUAAAGUUAAUUUCUAUGUGUAUUGCGUAUCGAUCUAAAAUGGUUUUACUUUAUUUAUGUAAUUAGUAGGCUUCUUGUAUUAUUUGUAAAAAAAUUGUAAGCGAGCGAGCGAGGAGGAGGCAGGGCCGGCAGGCAGCCUGUAGUUUUACGUUCUUACCCCCAAGCAUUUGUUUCUUUUGCCGCCAGCCAGCCUCCGCGUAAAGUAACGAUGUCGUAAGUGGAACGCAUAUAUCAGCAGCAACAAUAUUUAGUUGAUAAUCUAGCCCUAAUGUUAAGUAAUGAAGCAAGGAACCUAAAUUAACCUAAACAAAAAGAAAAAAAAAAAAAACAAAACCAAUUAGCGCAAAGUUUAAACUGUGUGAGAGAUAAAUCCUAAAUUUUCACUAAAACAGAGAGAUUAUAAAUAUAAAGAAAAGAACAUUUUUAAAUCAAA